AUGGGUCACACCAGUUUUGGCCUUGGUGGGCUCCUAAGCUUCGCCUUGCUGAACUCCCCUUUUCUACAUGCCCAGGCUACCCCUGAUGUUAUCACUCGCGACGUAGUGAUUGUUGGAGGUGGUGCCUCUGGAACAUACGCUGGAGUGCGCCUGAAGGAAAUGGGUAAAACAUUUACCCUCAUCGAGCGCAAUAGUCUCCUUGGUGGACAUGGAGAGACCUUCUAUACCAAUGACGAUAAGCCUAUCAACUACGGCGUCGAAGGAUAUUUCAACAACAGUGUUACCUUGGACUACCUCGCCAAACUCCAAGUUCCGUAUGAGCUUCGAGUACCAGCUCCGGCAGAAGAUGAUUACAUCAAUUUGAGGACUGGGAAAAAGGUCGACGCACCUGAAGCAUCGAAAAAUCAGUCGGCUGCGCUUCACCAAUGGAUGGACUCAAUCUCCCAAUUCAAAUUCCUUGAGGAUGGCUCUUACAAUUUCCCUGACCCAGUACCAGAGGACCUCCUGCUGCCCUUGCGUGACUUUAUCGCCAAGUACAAGCUGGAUGAUGCGGUGUGGGGAGUCUUCUCCCAUGGCUCUGGAAACAUUCUCGAUAUGGCUACCCUUUACGUUAUCCAAUACAUCGGAGUUCCUCAUGCCAAGGCAUUCUUGAACGGGUACAUCCGGCCAAGCCACGGAAUCGCCGACCUCUACACAAGAGCCACCAAGGUCAUCGGCUCUGACGUCAUAUUCAACUCCCAAAUCUCGCAGGUCGAUCGAUCUCGGGACGGUGUGAAAGUCGUUGUGCGAAGCUCUGAUGGGAAGACUCAGCGCAUCCAUGCGAAGAAGCUUCUUGUUACCAUCCCACCUACCACUCGCCAUCUCACCGGUUUCUCUCUGGAUAACCGAGAAUCCAGCCUUUUCACAAAGUGGCACUACCAAUCAUACUAUGCCGCCCUAAUCAAUGAAACUGGUAUUCCCGAUGGCCACAACCUUAUCAAUAUUGAUCCCAGUAACCCUUUUUCUGUUCCCUACGAGCCAUUCAUUUGGCGCGUUGAUGCCCAAAGGGUUCCCGGAUACCACACCAUCAAGCUGGUUGGCAACGAGCAGUUCUCGGAGAAGGACGCUAGGGAACUCCUGGAAAGCAGCAUCGAGCGCCUAGGCCAAGUGGGUACAUUCCCUGCAACCAAGCCUCGCAUUGUUAAAUGGGGGGACCACACUCCAGUGACCAUGAGCGCUUCGGCCGAGGACAUCCGUGCCGGUUUCUACAAGAACUUGUACGCGUUGCAGGGUCAUCAAAGUACCUUUUACACAGGAGCUUCGUGGUGUUCCGAUUAUUCGACUCUCCUCUGGGGAUUUACUGAAGACGUGUUGAAGAAAAUGUUUUCCUGA